AACCAAAGGCACAUGACUCUAUUGACCAACAACACCAGUCAGCAGCUGAUGAGUUGUUAAGAGGAUGAUUUAACAGUGAUUUAAGAGAAAAUGGUCUCAUAACAACGUUAACUGGGGUGGUUGUGAGGUCGGACACGGAACAGCGUGGUUUUGUAUCUAGUAUUUUUUUCUUGAGUGUGUUUAGUUUUCCCGAAUAGAAGAUGAGUAUUAAUGGAGAUACAAGCACAGAUUUAUACAGUGAGUGCACCGUCGGGGGCACAGGAGGCAACGAAACUGCUCCUCUGUUGUCAAAUGGAUCGGUGCAGACCAGGGCCAAAGGAGCUUCCUUCGCCUCAUCUGUGUUUAACCUGAUGAAUGCCAUCAUGGGCAGCGGUAUACUCGGUCUAGCUUAUGCUAUGGCUAACACUGGCAUAAUUGGUUUCUGUAUCCUGUUGGUACUAGUGUCCAGCCUGGCAGCAUACUCUAUACAUCUCCUUCUGACGCUAUGUGACCAAACAGGCAUCAAUUCAUAUGAAGACCUUGGAAAGAGAGCCUUGCAAAAGCCAGGAAAAUUUCUCGUUGGAGUUGCUAUUCUUAUCCAAAAUAUUGGUGCCAUGUCAUCCUAUUUGUUCAUCUUGAAGUCGGAGCUUCCAGCAGCCAUAAGCAGCUUCUUGAGCCCAGACAACACUGGAAAUGCCUGGUAUGAAGAUGGCAGGUUGCUUGUGAUUCUCGUCACACUCUGUGUUGUUCUACCUUUGUCAAUAUUGCCUAAAAUUGGCUUCCUGGGAUACACCAGUAGCCUCGCUUUCUUCUUUAUGCUGUACUUUGCUGUUGUGGUUGUGGUCAAGAAAUGGUCCAUCCCCUGCCCACUGCCUCACAAUGUGACUACGCUUUCAGGAGCCUUCCAGAUAUCAAAUUCCUCUGACUCAGAGUGUACGCCCAAACUCUUUGUCAUCUCCAGUGAGAGUGCCUAUGCCAUCCCCACCAUGGCCUUCUCCUUUCUGUGCCACACAGCUAUCCUGCCAAUCUACUGUGAACUGGACCGGCCUACUAAGGCCAGGAUGCAGAACGUUACAAAUGUCAGCAUUAGCCUCAGCUUUCUGCUUUACCUAAUUUCUUCACUGUUUGGCUACCUCACCUUCUAUGCUCAUGUGAACUCUGAGCUGUUGCUUGGCUACGAUGUGUACAUGCCACGGGACAUCAUGGUGAUGACGGUUCGGCUGGCGAUCCUCCUCUCUGUGUUGCUGACUGUACCACUCAUUCACUUCCCUGCCCGUAAGGCUAUGAUCUUGCUGCUAUGCGGAGGACGUCCCUUCUCCUGGCUGAUCCACAUCAUUGCAACUCUAACCAUUAUGGGUGUGGUUCUGAUGCUGGUCAUCUUUGUCCCUGAUAUAAGAAAUGUCUUUGGAGUAGUGGGAUCUACAACAUCCAGCUGUCUGUUGUUUGUUUUCCCCGGCAUCUUCUACCUUAAGAUCAGCAGCAGACCCCUCAGAUCCUUUGACUCCAUUGGGGCCGUACUCCUGGUGGUCUUUGGCUUCAUUAUGGGAGUCAUCAGCUUCUCUGUCAUCGUCAUUACAUGGGUACAGAGCUCCUAACCCCCACUCUCUUUUUCCAAAUCAAGCAUGGGAGCAAAGAAAGGGAAAAGCAUGCCAAGGAAAUCGAAUUCUGGAUAAAGAAAGGGAACAGACAGAUGCUUAUCAGUAUCACUUCAGGCAGGUUAUUUAUGGUAAAGUUGCUCUCAACACUAGACUAGUGCUUUUUUCCCCCUGCACUUUCUAACUCAAAAUCAUUGACCAAACCCAGUCAGGACAGUGACGAGCCAAAAAAAACCAAGGACUUUCAUGUUCUACUCACUAAUUAUUACAGGUCUUGGGUAUAGUCUUAAAGUGCUGACUUUUAGACUAUACCCAGUUCAGGACAGCCUUUGUGUUUUUAAUCUGGCUGGAACAAAAGAUGAGCAAGGUUUACUGUGGCUGAACAGUACAAGAAAGUGUCAGGCGAGUUGUCCAUGAUCUUUUAAGUUCAUUUCAUGUACUUUUUUCCCCAUUUGACUGAUGGCCAUUGUGUUGUUCUGUGUGGAUGAUCAUGCACAUUAUGUAUACAAUCUGCUACAUAUAUUUGAAAAAUGCUGUUGACCAAGUCUGAACCAUAAAUGUGUCAGGUUUACUGCUUUCUUAAAUAUUGUUUAUGGCAUGUUUCACAUUUUUUGCAUAUCAUAGUGGCUCAUUUACAGUCCUUGAUUUAUGGUGUUUAAGUGUUUUCAUUUUAUUCACUUUAUUGUUUUGGGAUUUUUCUUUUUAGCUUUUUUGUUUUUAUCUUUUAAUCCAUGUAUUGAUUUGCCACUCCACUUAUGAUCCAUACCUCAGGUUUAAAUGUUUCUGCUGCUACUUUGUAUUCUUUAAUAUGUAUUCUUUAUUUUUAUUUUUUUUUUUUGACCAGUUACUUACAAUGUACUCCUUCUAGUUAUAAUGUAAAAUAAUGUUGUUAUUCAAAUUACUGGCAUUUAAUAAAAAGGUAAAUUCUU